AUGGUCGCAUCACAGCAGGGCAGCCAAAGCCAGGGCCAGGGCGGCGAGAAAAAGUGGGCAAAUGAAUCUCUCCGGCCCAUAACCAUCAAACAACUGAUCGACUGCAAAGAAGCCUACCCAAAGGCCGAACUGGCUGUCGACGGGCUACCGACCACCCAAGUGACGCUGGUCGGCCAGAUACGCUCAAUCAACCAGCAGACGGUCAACGUGACGUACCGCAUCGACGACGGCACAGGCAUUAUCAACGUGAAGAAGUGGAUCGACGCCGACAAGGCCGACUCGGCGCCGAGCUUCGCCCUUGACACGUACGUGCGCGUCUACGGCCGCCUCACCACCUGGGACGGCCGCAAGCACGUGGGCGCCCACUACAUCCGCGCGAUCGAGGACUUCAACGAGGUCAACUAUCACCUGCUCGAGGCCACGUAUGUGCAUCUGGCCUUGACCAGGGUCGCCGAGGGAGGAGAGCAUCAGCAGCAGGGCCAGAUGGGCGCGGCAGAUGGCGGUGACGGCAUGUUUGUGGACGACGGCUAUGGAGGCGGCGGCGGCGGCGGCGGCGGGGCAGACUCGCACACCAUCAGGCUGCGGCUCGGGCCCUGCUCGAGGAACGCGAACGCCAUCUACCGAUAUCUGGCCAACUCCGCGGGUGACGCUCAGCACCUCAACCAAGUGGCGGCAGGCACGGGCAUAUCGGUCAGGGAUAUCUUGGCCGCGGCGGACGAGUUGGUGAACCAGGGCCUGAUUUACACCACUGAGAAUGACGAGACAUGGGCCAUCCUGGACUUGUAA